AUGGCGCCCAAACGCCCAAACUUUCUGAUCGUGCUAGCAGACGAUCUCGGAUUCUCUGAUGUCGGCUGCUACGGCGGCGAGAUCAGGACGCCCAACAUCGACAAGCUUGCUCGAGAUGGCUUUCGAAUGACCGAUUUCCAUGCCACUGCUCUCUGCAGCCCCUCUCGCUCAAUGAUCCUGACGGGCACGGACAACCAUAUCGCAGGUCUCGGAUCGCUGGUAGAAUGGCUGGCCACUCCGAUCGGUGCGAAUCCGAAAGGUCUCAAAGAGAGUCCAGCGCCUGCGAGAGGCAAGCCAGGGUACGAGGGAUAUUUGAACGAGCGAGUAGUCACGCUUCCGGAGGUUCUCCGUGAUGCCGGCUACCUCACCCUCAUCUCCGGGAAGUGGCAUCUAGGCCUACGGAAAGACAAAGCUCCUCGAGCACGCGGCUUCGAACGAGCAUUUGCUCUCUUGCCUGGUGCCUCCAACCACUUUGGCUGGGAGCCGCAACUGGAGGAGGGUGAACCAGAGGGGCCCAAGAUGUUCACCACCAGCUAUCCCCUCCACGUCCAGGACGAUGAAUAUGUCCAUCAUCUUCCGAAAGGCUGGUACUCGUCCAACAGCUACGGUGACACUCUACUACAGUACCUGAAGGACUGGAAGGCAGACAACGACAAAGCAGAUGAGACAAACCAUCGACCUUUUUUCGCAUAUCUUCCAUUUACAGCACCACACUGGCCACUACAUGCACCCCAGGAAUACAUUCAGCAUUAUCGUGGGAUGUACGACGAUGGCCCAGAUGCUCUUCGGCUGCGGCGACUGGCACGAUUGAAGGAACUUGGGCUCGUGGACAAAGAUGUCGAGCCCCAUCCCGUCGUCGCGUCCGAAGUCUCGGAGUGGGAUGACAUGUCGGCCGAAGCACGACAGCUUUCCGCUAGGGCAAUGGAGACGUAUUCUGGAAUGGUAGAGUGCAUUGAUCACAACGUUGGCAAAGUAGUAGACUACCUAGAGGGCAUUGGAGAGCUGGAAAACACCUUUGUCAUGUUCAUGUCGGACAAUGGGGCAGAAGGCGGUGCACACGAAGCAAAUCCCGCCUUCCAAGGGGGGCCGAUGACCUACCUGCAAAAGUACUAUGACAACAGCCUCGAGAACAUCGGCAACUACAACUCAUUUACCUGGUAUGGGCCGCGCUGGGCCCAAGCAUCCACCGCUCCCUCGCGAAUGUACAAGUCGUACACCACCGAAGGCGGCAUCCGCGUGCCCUGUGUCGUCAAACUGCCCACCAGCUACUCCUGUCCCAUUCCGAGAGGCGGCAUCACGCACAAGUUCUCCACCAUUAUGGACAUUAUGCCCACGUUCCUCGACAUGGCCGGCGUCAGGCAUCCAGCUCCCACCUACCAAGGCCGAGAAGUCGUCCACAUGCGAGGGAAGAGCAUGGUCCCUUGGCUCAACGGGGAAGCCAAUGCCAUUCAUCAGGCCGACUUCGUCGAAGGCUGGGAGAUGGGUGGUCGCGCUGCGGUACGGAAGAACAACUGGAAGGCCGUCUACCUGCCCGAGCGCAACCACGGGCCAUCGCGAGCGGGCAGAAGCAAAUGGGAGUUGUUUGAUCUCGACAAAGACCCCGGCGAGAUCCACGACCUGUGCGAUCAACAUCCCGACAUUAUGAAAGAGCUGCUAAAGCUUUGGGAUCAAUACGUCGUCGAGACGGGCGUGAUCCCGUUGAACCCGGCAUUGGGCGAGUACAUCGCUGCCACGGAAGAACAGAUGCCAGACAAUGGAUGGAUCGAAUACGAGUUUUGGAAACGAGGGGCGCGAGAGAAUCCGGAGAAGUUCUUCCAUACGCCCAAGCGAUUCGAUCGGGAAGGCAAUCGAGUCGAAUUUAAAGAUGGGGCAUUUGUAAAGGUCUAG